AUGUUGAAAGUGAGCUUUGAAGCCGUUGAUGGCUGCUGCGAGUGCGUUAAGGCCAACGGAGUUUUCGGUGGGUCAGGUCCGACCAAUAUACGCCUCCAAGACGCCGUAACUAAAUCGUUCACCGCGGUCUCGAUCGGAACCUCGGAGGUUGAGAAGGGGAAGGAGCGGCGGCGGUGGCGGCAAGGCGGAGAUGGCAAAUAUGGUGAAAAAGAAAUGAUGCUGGGUGAGAAGGUCCAUACCGGCUAUUUGGUUAACGUGGGCUUAGAUCCAUACCGGCUAUUUGGGCUUUCAUCUAUCCACUAUAAUGGGCUCCAUACAAAUUAA